GCACUCACUUACACACACUCUCAGCUCGCAGAGAAUGAGAGGAUAAACGCACAGACAGGAAGGACUGACCCGAGAGAGUUAGAGUGAGAGACAGAGCUAGAGAGAGAGAGAGAGAGGGAGCAAGAGAGCAAGGGGGAGAGGAACAGAGAGAGUGAGAGAGACUAUCCAGCAUUCAGUCUUUAUGCUUUCAGCGAUAGGAGAGAGAAAAACUACAGAGCCAUACUACUGCAAUCUCCCUGACUGCUGGGAUAUUGGAACUUUUUUCACAAGCUUUCCUUAUUUUUUAAGAUUACAAUUAUUUGUUAAUUCUGAAGCGGAGGACCUGGCUGUUACUUUUUCUUGUGUUCUCUGGGAUAUUUCUCACGACACUCUGCCCUCUGGUCUCCACACUGUGGACCAGAGACCUCUCUGCCCCUGCUGUGCCCCUGACAAGGCAUUGUCGAACGGCUGCUUGUCAUUUGGGCAAUUGGUUGAUUGUCGUCAGGGCUGGGUUGUUGCUUCUUCAUCUUUGCGGGGAAUGACCCUAGGAGGCGUGGGAUUGGUUGCACUCCAGGGACGCUCCUGAAAAGACUGCGGAGGGGACUCAAAGCGCUGUGGCCCCACGGAACUGAGAGAGCCGCCCCUCCCCCUCGUCAACCCCAAGACGCCCCAUUUCACUGCAGCAUGGAUCUCCCCCCAUUUAGAGGUCUCUCUGAUGUGCCGUGAGAGGUGUGACUCCCCCAUCCCUGCCCCAGUCCCGACCCCAUCCCCCUCCCUCGUGCCCCUCCUUCAAGGAUGGACCCUCCCCCGGGUCGUGGCCCUGCCCCAGUCAGGAGGGACCUGGAUGGGCUGGACCUUCAGCAGGUGCCUGUCCUCUCCCUGGACCAGAUUCGCUCCAUCCGGGCCAGCAAUGACUAUGUGGAACGCCCCGUGGCCCUGGACCACACCUCACAUUCUGGCUUCUUUUACGCCCACGACGACCGCUACCCCAUCACCCAUGGGUACCCCCCUCAAGGUUACCUUCAUGGUUACUCUCAGGGGUACCCGUCCCACGCCCCUCUCCCCCGGAGUCAGAGCCAGCAGCAACACGCCCACCUGACCCAUCUGAGUCGCUCCAGUACAGCCAGCUCAGCCAUGUCCCGGACCAGCGCUGCCUCCGACCAGAGACUCCUGGCGGGUCUGACGCCCUCCCACUCUGGCCUGGCCUCAGUGGUGCGCUCCCAGCCUAAAGGAGAACUCAAGCCUGAGGCUUCCCUAGGUAAAGGCCUGGAGGAGGGAGAGGACCUGGGCUUGCACCUGUUUAUCUGUGAGCGCUGUGGGAGGUGUAAGUGUCAGGAGUGCUGCGCUCCGCGGAGCCUGCCGUCCUACUGGGUCUGUAGGCAGCGCUGCCUCUGCUCUGCUCAGAGUGUUGUGGAGUACGGCACCUGUCUGUGCUGCGUUAAGGGCCUGUUCUACCACUGCUCCGCUCAGGAUGACGAGGACAACUGUGCCGACCGGCCCUGUGCUUGCACGCCCGCCCACGCCUGCGCUCGCUGGGGUACCAUUGGCCUUCUGGCGCUGUGCCUGCCCUGUCUCUGCUGCUACCCACCUGCCAGACUGUGCCUCGCCCUGUGCCAGCGGGCCCACGACCGAGCCACCCGCCCUGGCUGCCGCUGCAGCAACACCAACACCGUGUGCCGCAAGAUCUCCACCUCCAACCCCAACCCCGGGCAUGCCCCCUUCCGCAGCAAGUCCCUGGAGAAGCCUGUAUGACAGU